GUAAAUUUUGGUAGAAGCCAAAAUGAACACAAAUGUACUUGAAAUAAGGAAACGAAGCCAUAAGGAAAUGAUGAGGCGGUAGCCGGGAAGCCUGAACCAGAGGAUCUAGGGUUUUCUUCGAUCUCUCUGUCUUGUUUAUGUUACAUGCAAAUCUAGAUCAGCCUUCUGCAAUUCCACCUUGCACAAUUUGUUGACACGUUUCGAUUUAGGAAUGAUAACAAAAUCUUCUUUAAAAGUUUGAAAAACGGAGCCCGGAUUCUACGAGAUAGCAGUCGGGCUUUCAUUCUCAUCGGGAUCAAAUUCCGACUCUUAACCGUGAAACAUUUGAAGAGGUAGCAGUUUGAGUACCUGUAAAUAUGCGAGGAUUGCACAAAGGAAAAAGGGUUUCAUGGGCGUCAGAUCUUAAUCUCCGUCAGGUUAGGCUGUUCUUGUCUGAGGACUGUCCUUCCCAAGUGGGAUUGGGUGCCCAAGAUCACCUUCAAGCAAAGGCAUCGUGGCUUUUGCAUUCUACUGGAUCAGGUUCUGAUGACACUUUGCCUCCUGGAUUUGAAGUAGCUCAUUCAGAGAAUCAGUCGCAGAUUAAGCUCUCACAGAUUCCUGUUAAUCAAUGGAGAUGUCCGCCUAAGUUUGUGCUGAAUUUGACGUGGCAAGUGGUUGUUGGUGAAGAAAGCCGAGAGGUAGUUGUUGAAAAUCAGAGAGAGAUGAGAGUACUUGAAGCGGUUUAUCCUCGGCCAUCUGCAAUUCCUCCUAAGUUGAUUACUUCCUUUGCACCUUAUAGUUUCUGUUUUGGCAUUGGUUUGUUUGCUAUUCUUUAUACUGAAAAUCCGUUUGGUUCGCAUCCCUACAGCCCGUCCGUAGUAGCUGAUUCAGAACGUGCCAAUGUAGAUGACAGUCAAACACCUCUGAUUCCCAUUACUCCUGUUGAAGACGAAGAUGCAACAACCGAGACCUCGUCUGAUUACGCAAGCCCCGCCUCUGUCCUUAAUACGAGUGCACAGCCCUCCCCAUUUACUCCUGCUGGUAGAUCCACAUCUCAACAUGUUUUACUAAAUGCGAUGUCUUCUACUUCUAGUGUGAGUUCUAUGGCUGGAAUGGAUCUUGGCAACAAACAUGAUGUUGUAGCUGCUGCAUCCGCGGCACUCGGUGCACUUGUGAAGAGCAAUGAGAUAGGUAACUCGAUCGACCGCGAAUUACUUGUUAAUAUUCUCAACAAUCCAAAAAUGAUCGAACAGCUGGUUGUGGAUUCUGGUGUUGUCACAAGCACUCAAAAGCCAAUAUCAUCUUCUGACCCACAGCUUGUACAUAUGCCUAUGUCCGAAACCAAUGCCACCAUGACGCCUCCUUUUUUCUCUCAACCCAAUGGAGGGAGUGUAGCACCUGUCCCCAACGCACACCCUUCCUCAAGGGGUGUACCAGUUUCUUCUUCCCUGCCCUCCAAUGGAGCCCCAUUGAAGGACUUGAAUUACUAUAAAAGUUUGAUUCAGCAACAUGGAGGGGAGAGACAGGACGAUCCCCCUCGGCAGCAGCAAUUCCCGAACCGUCACAACCAACUCUUGGGUACAAACCAAGAGUUCUUACAGAACCAGCCAUCAAGAGAAGCAAAGUUCAAGAUAAUGAAACCCUGCAUAUAUUUUAACAGCCCGAGAGGAUGUCGACAUGGAUCUAAUUGUGCGUAUCAGCACGAUCCCGUGUUCCAGCAGAGAAGUAGUAGCGUAUCAGAAAUGCCUACUAGCGCCAAGAGAACAAAGAUUGAUAGAGAAAUCAGCAGUUAAAAAGUAGAGUACCGUUACCUAUCUCAAUCAAUGCGUCCCUUCGUAGGGGUGAAUGCUAUAUGCCCAAGAUUUCAUCUCUUUAGUUGGAAAGUUAUUUAAUUGUUAUGUUUCUAUCUGUGUCUGCACGAGAUAACCAUGGUGAUGAGGCCAGGGAUUCUCUUUGCCACAUUGUUCAGUAAUUUUUAGCAUGAAAACAGAAUGACCGUUUGAUGAUGAAUUUGUUGAGAUGAUAGGCUUUUUGAAGUUUAUAGUUAGAAGGAUUGUUAGAUGAUGUUAGAUUGCUCGAGAGGGCAACUACCAUAUACUCAAUAUCACUCUCGUUUAGUUGUAA